CAUCAUUGUAACGUAAUCAUAAAGUUUAAAGACAAUUGUAAAACAAUUGUUAUAUGUUAUCAUAACUUAUUGGGAAAAUAUUUAUUCAAAAAUUCGAUUAAUUACCAAACGUACUAUGAGAAAAAAUACAUUGCAAAAUUAAUACAGUUUUGAAAGCUUUUUUUGCGCUACAACCCAAUUGCGAAACUUCAAACUCAUCGUUUUUGACUCGGUUGCGACAGAUGUAGACAAACUUAUAAAUUUUUCUUGUAGAAGAGCGGCAAUUUUAUAGUUUAAAAAUAUAUUUUUAAUUUAAUUUUAAACAAAAAAGUAAAUUAUUUAUACAAACCGCGUUAUUGUUAGGACAAGUGAGGUUUUUAAAAAUGGCUACAGCGUCAUUAGAUGACUACAAGUUAAGUUGCGAACUCCAUGGACAUAGUAUGGAUGUUCGUUCUGUUGCCGUUACAGAAGACAGACCAACCGGUCAAAUUAUAAUAUCAGGUUCCCGAGAUAAAACAACUAAGUUAUGGAAGCAUGAAGAGCACGGUUACACUGAGAUGGUCACUUUUCAAGAUCAUAAAAGUUAUGUCAGUUGUGUGCAUUACCUUAGGGAGGACAAGUGGAUAUGCACUGGUAGUAAUGAUGGCACAAUUUGUAUAUAUAAAGAAGAUAGUUAUGUUCCUAUUAUAACACUUAAGGGACAUAAGGGAAAUGUGUGUGCAAUAUCUAGUGGUGUUGAAGCCCAAAGUCUUAUAACGGGCAGUUGGGAUAAUACAGCUAGAAUAUGGAAAAUUGAUCAACUGGGUGGAGUUACAUUUAUCGAGUUAAUAGGACACAAGGCAGCAGUAUGGGCAGUUAUUGCCUUACCAAACAUUAAUCGUUUCUUAACUGGCUCUGCAGAUAAAACCAUAUUAACUUGGAACAAUAAAGGUGAAAAACUACGCAUGCUUACUGGCCAUACCGACUGCAUUCGUGGACUUAUUUCUUUGCCGAACCAUUUCAUUGUAUCAGCCGGCAAUGAUUCUGUUAUACGAGUAUGGAACGAAGAUGGUGACUGUGUUAAAGAGUUAUUUGGUCACACAAAUUAUAUAUAUUCGGUAGCACAAAAUACAGCUAUUGGAGGUAAUAUUGUUGUGUCAUCAGGGGAAGAUAGUAGUUUACGCAUGUGGGAUAUUAAAUCUGGCACUGAAUUGGGUUCACCUAUUCUGCAUCCGGCCGAGUCGGUAUGGUCAGUGGCUUGUUUGAGUAAUGGCGAUAUUAUAACUGGUUGCAGUGAUGGUGUGGUACGAGUUUUCACUAAAGAUCCUAAAAGAUAUGCCAGUGAAGAUGUACUCAAAGCUUUUGAUGCAGCAGUUAAUAUCAGAAAAGCAGAAAUUAAUGAAACAGUAGGUGGAGUUAAGAAAUCUGAACUUCCAGGACCCGAAGCUUUAUUGUCAAAUGGUAAACAAGAGGGUGAUAAUUUAAUGGUACGUCAUCCUGAUGGAUCAGUCAAAUGUUACAAGUGGGAGCUUGGUACUUGGAAACUAGUCGGCGAUGUGAUGGGUGCGUCUGGUGGAAGCCAGAAUACAUCUGGGAAAGUAUUGCAUGAAGGAAAGGAGUAUGACUUUGUUUUUUCUGUUGAUAUAUCAGAUACACAACCAGAAAUAAAAUUACCUUAUAAUCGUGGAGAUGAUCCAUGGGUCUCUGCACAAAGUUUUAUACAUCGUCACAAUUUACCACAAGCAUAUUUGGACCAAGUAGCAAACUUUAUAAUUACAAACUCAGGGAGUAACGCUACACAAAGUGGGUCAAGUGGGUUUCAAGAUCCAUUUACUGGUGGCUCACGUUACGUCCCAGGUUCAAGUAAUGCUAACUUGCAAUCCGGUGGAAAUGUUGAUCCCUUUACUGGCGCUUCUAGUUACUCGACUACAAAUGCAUCAAACAAAAACAAUGCUGAAAAACAUUUUCCUAUUAGUCAAUAUAUUUCUCUAAAUAAGUGCGAACCAAAAAAAGUACUACAAAAAUUAAAAGAAUUUAAUAGUAGUUUGCCAACAGAACAUAAGGUGUCAGAAACAAUUUUGGAGUCUGUUAAUUUAAUAGCGGAAAGUCCUAAGGAAACGGAUCAGAACGUUAUCGAAGCGCUAAACAUAUUGCUGCAAUGGCCAACUGAUAAAAUAUUUCCUGUGCUAGAUUUAACACGUUUGGCUGUGCAAGAUGAAAGAAUAUUUGCAAUUCUAAACGACUAUGGUUUCCUGGAUAAGAUACUGCCAUAUCUAAAAUCGUCUGCACCAAAUCAAUUAAUGAUCCUUCGGUGUUUGGCAAAUAUGAUGUGUCAUAAAAGUGGACGUCAGCAAAUUGAACAUCAUUUAUAUACAUUGCUAUCGCGUAUUAAAGAGAUAAAGAGUGGAAGUUCAAAUUUGCAAAUUGCUAUUUCUACCUUUUAUUUAAAUUUAACCGUAACACAAACGAAUGGAUUGGCCAAAAAUGAGCAAUGUCAAUUUAUUAACGAAGGGCUAAUUGAGUUUUUUAAAUGGGCUACAGACUUGGAGGCCUGUUAUCGAGGUAUACAAGCGAUUGGAAAUUUAAUAACAACACCAAUUGGUCAACAAAUAGUAGCUGUUGUAAUUUCAACCGAUUUUCUCACUGAUAAAAUACGCGAGUUUGCCAAUGCUCCCAAAACAGGAGAAUAUGCUAAAAUACACUCAGCUGCGAGCGCACUUUUGGCUUCUUUCUAAGUGAACAACAUAUAAGAAAAAAAUUUAAAUAGUAUAUUCUUGAAUUUUGUAAUAAUUUUAUAUAAACUUGUUAAUAAUACAAAU